ACGUGACGCUAUGUCAGUGACUCUAACUCCCGAACAGGGUGCUGUACUGAAAGAGCUGCAAGACAUCUCUGGAGUCGUCCAGGACCUGUGCAAUGCGCUCGAGCGUGUGCGUGCGCUGACUGCGCCAGAGGCCCCGCUGGCAUCGGCGGUGGCGGCGGCGGCGGCGUCGUACGACGGCUGGCGGACGGUGUUUGAGGCGUCGGCCCGUGCUGAUGUGGCUGCCUCACAGCAGGCACUGGGUGUGGUCAUGGACGACAUCAGAUCCCGAUCGUCUGCUCCGCCGCUGUAGUCGUGUUGCUUUGGCGCUUUACCUUGCAUCGCCGUCUCUCCGCGCUGCAGCCGUGCACGCUGCAAGCUGUUGGAGCCCGAGCGCCGAGACCUAGCUUGCGGUGGCCCGAGGUGCGAGCCGAUGCCGAGCUUGCCAGGAGACGAUAUCUGUUCCAGCCCCAGCAACACCUCACCGAUUGCCGUGCUCGCCCAUGGUGGCCCUCGGUUCGUCUCACCGUUGGGGCGGGAUUAAUUGCGCUGGCGUGUUGUGCAGCCCGCAAGCUGAUGGCUCUCGUCACAGCUGCAACUUCUCCGCGAAACGCAAGUCGCGGCAAGUCAUUCGCGCCAGAGCCUGACUUUGCCCAGCUCGAACUGUUGCAGCAAAGCCUCGCCGCAAAGUCCUUCCCUCUA